AUGCUGGAUGACACUUAUGCUGAAAUCUGUUUUAAUUAUAGACCCAAAAAAAAAAUUGUGACUCCCUACAAACAAUAGGCUACUUUUAAAUCGAAAUAGGAUGUCUAUGAUUAUGUCGAAAGGUUAUAAGCUUAGGCUAAAUUACCACCGAUUGAACAUGAAUUCUAUUUGAAUUCAUUUCGUUCUGCCAAUUCCAAUAAGUAUAAGCCAAUCCAAUGCUCAAAAAGUGUUCUAGUUCAAAGAUAAACCAAAAAUACAAGGCUCACCAGUCUGAUGAGCGAGAUUAGUAGCACACUGGAAGAAGGGAUUAUAACACAAUAAGAAAUCCAUGAUUCCUAUUCCAAAGAGAAAAGGAGAUUGGAAGAUCAAGAGUCGAAAUAUUCGAAGUUAUUACAGAAUUUGGAAUAGAAAAAUCAUAUAACUAAUUCUAAUUGGAAAAAUUUAAUAAAGCAUCAUUUCAGAAAUCUAAAUGAAUAUAUGGAUUAUGCGAUCAAAGAUAUUAAAGAAGAAAAACAUUUUGUGUAUUCACACUAAAUAUCGACUCGACAUCAUUAUUUAUUCGUGGAUAAUGAAAUAAGAAGAAACUUUUUGAAAAGGAGAUAAACCAAGACAUGA